AAAGAAAAACUCAACUCCAAUCUGCCUUAGUCUCAAUUCCAACACGGUAAGAGGAUGGCUUUAAAAAGUACAGAAACCGCCACUAAACGGCCCGCCAAAAAGAAACAAAAAGAACCAUCACCAAUGAAAAAAGCUUUUAAAAAAGAAAACGAAGAAGCCAAAAGUCUUUUCGGCCCGAAAACCAUCUCUGAAGUGAAUACUUCUUCUCAAAAUUGGACGCUAACUGCUCGCCUCGCUCGUUCUUUUGUCAAAACACUACCAAUGAAAGUCAACACACUCAAUCUCGUGUUCGUCGACGAGACUGGUGAAAUUCGCGUCGAGGCCUGGCAUGAUAAUUCGGCAAAAUGGGUCGACAAACUAAAGGUAACAAAACACAUAUUACGAAUAUAAACAAAAAAAACUCACAUUUUUCUUUUUAAAAG